CCUCAGCUAUAUAAACAACAGACCUGUGCAUGACGAGCUUACCGCAGCUGCAUAAUCUUUUGCUACAAAUUACUGUACUUCACACGAAGUACCAGUGGUAAGUUUUGAACUUUUGCUAAAUACCUCGAAUCAGAAUUGAGGAAACCUCUUACUUGCCAUUUCUUGCUGUUCGAUGCUUAGAGUUCGUUACAUCACCCCUUUGGGGCAUCGGUCUCGCUUGAGGGCAGUCGGUUAUGAUCGCACCGCUAAUUUUUUUUUCUUUUCACAGAGAAGAUCUAGAAAACGUGAAUAGAAAAGGGAAAUUUCCAAGUUUUACUUUAGACAGCGACUCGACCUCGAGAAAAUACUGAUUCAGCUGUAUUUAUUGCAAGUUCAAGCAAACCACAGCAAAGAUGGCGGAUUUUUUGCAAACAAUAAUUCAGUUCGAGAAGGAUCACUGGGUGGCACUCUUAGUUGGGUUCCUGGUUGUAUUGUUUUACUGGUAAGUACUGACAGUAAAAUUAGCCAGAAAGUGUAAUUGGUUCAGCAAAACGUGCCAGGAUUUUCUAACACUGCAACAUUGAAUACUCAACCGUGCGUAUUGACUAGCCAAAUAUUGUACUUGGCUAUGUACUUGUGCUCGGUAAUUGUAAAAAUAUAUAAUCGAAAGUAUAAGCGGAGAUCAAAAGAGCACAAAUUACACAAAUCGCUCCCACAUGCGAUCAGUGCCGUAGAUAAAGUUUUUGAACAGACGGUAACGUUCUUUUCUUUUGGAGAUCUUGCAAGAAGAACAAGUAACAGUUUGCAGUCACGUUAAGUCUAAGCCCUGUAGGAGAAGAUUUAAGGUGCACUAUAGGGGAGAUACUGAAGCUAAACACAAAGAAAGAAUUCAAGUAACUUAUUCAGCUGUUUACAUGGGGAUGUUUAGAUAUAUCAUAUACCAAGCUGUUUUGUUCCUACACAAGGUACUGUGUUGCCCCAUUCACUGUGUUCAUGAAACUAGGAAUCAAGGGACCAAGACCACUUCCUUUCUUUGGAAACUCAAUCAGGAACCUUUUUGAUGUAAGUCAGCACUUAAUUUUCUGGUGUAAGAUUUAUGAUAGAACAGAAAUGUUAAUGUCAGUAUUAACUUUUUACCUGAAAAAAAAAAACAUAUAUAUAUAUAUAUUGAUAUUUCAGAGAUUGGAAUAGUUCAAAAGUUUGCACUAGUUUAAAUGUUGAAACAAUCAACUUAAAAAUUACUUGUACAGAACUGUCAAUGUUUUUAUGUUUGAUUUUAGCCGAACAUUCUUCCAAAACUUCAUGUGGAAUGGUACAAGAAGUACGGCAAGGUGUUUGGGUAUGUGAUUUCUUAUUCAUACUCAAUGAUUGUAUAAAUAAUCAUCAUGCAGCUGAGAGAGAGAGAGAAAGUGUAAUAUAAGAUGGUAUAGCACUCCAUACUCCCCUGGCUCUGUGUCUCAAAGCUGAGUUUGAUAAACUCACUUGAAACUUUUAAUAAAUAAUUGACAAUUAUCAUCUAUUUACUACACUUAAACAAAUUAUGCAAGAAUAAUUUGUUUUUCUUUUAGGAUAUAUUUUUUCCGUCAGCAUAUGCUAAUGGUUGCUGAUCCAGACAUGCUUAAAGAAAUUCUUGUUAAAGAUUUCUCUAAAUUUCAUGACAGAAAGGUAAGUUAGAGCCCCUCUUUCUUAAUUUUUUUGAUCUGAAUUGCAUUAAUUGCUGUUUAAUAAUCCAUGGCUUCUUCUUACACAAACUCUUCUGAAUACUUUCUUCUUCAGUUUGACAUGGAUUGUGGAAAGGCUUAUCAAAUUAUUGCCCCCUUGUUAUUUAUCCAAUGAAAUGUUCAGUAUUUACCUGAGGCUGAAAAAGUAACUCUACCACAACAUCAAAAUGCUCUGAGCAUCAAGGCUUUUGUGUAAUUUGUACAUCAUUUGAAUAACAUUUUAAAACCUGUAAAAAUUAUUCUCUUAGCCCAUUGUAGAGAUUCCAAAGCCUUAUAACAAAAUGUUAACCAUAGCACAAGGUCAGAAGUGGAAGGAUAUUCGCAACACUCUGACACCAACAUUCAGUGCAUCUAAAAUGAAACUGGUAUGUUCAUCUGUUGUCAUGUAGGUGCUAAAUUAAACGAGUGACAUGCUAUAUACAAUUAAACUGUCAGUUUUUUUCCAUAGUUAUCAAACUAAUGGUGUAGGGAAAUGUUUCAAAAAAUCCAGAAUAUAAAAGCAGCAUGAAAAUUCACUACCUCCAGCCCAAUAGAGACACUUCAAUUCUUAUCAAUUGCUAUCCAUACAGUAUGUGCUACACAGUGGCUAUGACUAAAUUAGAUAAUUACCUGUAUUAUCUAAAUGACAUCUCUUCCAUGAAAUAAAUGUUUCAGAUGAUGACUUUUAUGAAUCAAGCUUUGGAUACAUUUUUGUUGAAAGCAGAGAAUGCUUCCAAGACUGGAGAGAUUGUAGAUUUCCACAGGUAGAGUUAUAUCAUAACAAUUAUUAGAUAUAUAUAGUUCCCAUUUUUCAUACUUCCAAUUGAAAUUUCCCCUCCAAAGGUUUUGCUGCUUUUUGUUUCCUUACUCUUCCCAAAGUGAGAGUUUUUAUAUAUUUCAAAUGCCACUUACUGACUUCCACUUUUUGCUCUGUAGGUGGCUUCAGAGUCUUACCAUGGAGGUCAUUUUGUCAACAGCAUUUGGAGUCAAAGCAGAGACACAAACUGUUGAAAAUGAUCCAAUCACUGAACUAGCAAAGAAGGCCAUGGCUCCACACCCUCUUGUUGCAUUUGUGUGUAAGGCAUUUUCUCUCUUAACUGUCUUUGUCAUUACAAUUAUUUUAUGGUGAAUUUAUCCACAACGUUAUUAUAUGGACACCUUUGGUAACACAUUUCCUGAUUGGUUGUCAUUAUCAUUUUGUAGUGUUAUUACCGUUUGGAGACCGUUUAUUCAAGUAUCUUCCAGACCCUCUUGAUUUUGACAAGAUUGGGUCUGUAGCAGCCGACAUUAUUGCUGAACGGACUAAAGAAAAUGGAAAUCGCAAAGAUCAAGUGAGUUGGUUUAUAUUCUUUAUAGACAGUACAAUAAUAGGAUUACUCCUGAAAAAAAAACCGCCAUGACCGGGCAAUUCCUAUUUUAACUAAUUUCAAUAUAUAAAUAUGAUUCUUUAAAGCGAAAAGACAUGCUCCAAAUGAUGCUGGAUGUAAAAGAAGAAACAGAAGGAGAAAAAAUUGACAAUGAAGACAUUCAAGCCCAAAGUGUCGUAUUCCUUCUCGCUGGAUAUGAAACUUCUAGUACCACCCUGGGGUUUGUUUGUUAUCACCUCGCCCUUGAUACGCACAUGCAAGACAAACUGAGAGACGAGAUUGACCAUAUGUGGCCUGGAGACGAGGUAUGAGGGGGCUUAAUUUGCUGAUUUCCAGAGUAGAGGUUGCCCCGUUUUAAUAUAAUUUGAUGAGAGAAGUCAAAAGCUGUUGUAGAACAACUUCAACAAUUAUCCAUUCACCUCAAAACGCUUCAAAUGUACGUAAUAUGGUACGAAUACGAGAGUAAUUUCCGUAAAUAAACAUCCAGGUGACUGAAUGAACACUAGAACAACAAGAACAAUUGCAAAAUAAACAACAAACAGCACUUUUAAAUGAUCUUCAUUACCAAAUGGGAAAUCGUGUGAAAUAAACACACUCAACAGUUGAACAAACGAGUUCUAAUUCAGGCGUUGCUUCAAUUGUUUUAAUCAUUAAAUCUACAGGCAUCGCCGUCGUAUGAUGUCAUUCAUAAGAUGGAAUACCUCGACAUGGUUAUCAACGAAGCACUCAGAAUGUAUCCGCCAGGAUUUGCGUACGUUAGCCUUUAAGACCUAGCUAUAACUUGUGUUUCUCUUCUUUCUCCUGGAACAUAACGAAAGGAUCAAAAUGUGCAGUGUAUACUCUACCUAAAAUGGACAUUGCUUUGUUUUCAAAAAAGCUUUCAGUUUAACGGGAAACUCUGGUGAAUACCUUCUUGUUCUAUGUAAAAUGUACCCUCAUUUGCAAACGGUUCAAUCAUUUCGCACCCCAAACUUUCGAGGCAAAUAAAGGGAGCCUCAUUUUAAAGUAUCUUUAAGUUGAGGAAACGUUGAGAUGAGACGGUGGGAAGACUGCCUCUGUGAAUUACAGAGAACAAUUUUAGGUCAUUAUGCCAGCCCCUCUCCCAAAAUCGGUAAUUUACUGAGCUAAGCCUGUUUUGCAAACGGCUACUGUCUAAGUCGAUGAUUAUUAUGUUGUACAUUGGAAUAUUUUCAGUAUUUCUUUGUUUUCAUCUUAGAAUCCAGAGGGACUGCAACGAGACUUGCACUAUCAAAGGAGUUACAAUUCCAAACGGAAUGCCAAUCUUGGCUCCGAUUUAUGCCAUUCAUCACGAUCCAGAGAUUUAUCCGGAUCCCGAAAAGUUUGAUCCAGAGAGGUGAGCCGCGAAAGGCCUCCUAUUUUUCUCCCUCUUCAUUUAAGGCUACGUUUUUACUGCUUUCAUUUCUGUCAUAUGCAGAGAAUUGAAUACAGUAUUCCAAUCUCGUCACGUUUCCUGUAAUUCUUCUAUAGCGAUAACUCUUCUCAGAUCAUUGAAAUGUGCGGAAAAUCGCUGUGUAAACUGCGGGCUGUGUGAACUUGCAUUGAACAGCCCAGUGAACGCUCUUUGCUAGGUUGAAUUAUCACACCCAACGUAUCAUUUAGUUAUGUGUUUCAUCUUCUGAUUUAUGAUAUUUUUUGUGCGUUGAUUUUGGUAGAUUCACGGACGCAGAGAAAGCAAAGCGUCAUCCCUACACAUAUUUGCCGUUUGGCCACGGUCCACACAACUGUGUCGGUAUGCGAUUUGCUUUGCUGGAAAUUAAGCUGACUCUGGUAAGGUUGCUGAAGAAGUUCAAGCUGGAACGUACCGAGAAAACAGCGGUGAGUUUAAUGCCCAUGAUGCUUGCUCUUUGCCUUCCUAACUGACUUUAAACAAGAUCUUUUGGGAUAGUUUCCCCAUAGGGAAUAAAUUGAUCCUCUUAGGAAACCACAGAAAAAAUUGCAGAAAUUUUAACCUAGAGAUAAAAAUUCAAGCUUGCCACUGCCUCCCAGGUACCUGUAAGGCUCUAUUACUGACUGCGCUGCAAAGCUACACAUAUAGUAUCAAUAUGAUUAUCAUAAUUUAUGGGCCAUUUUAAGGCAAGACACCUUAUUUAAAGGAAAAAGAAGGAGCGAUGUAGAGGUACGAGUGAUUGGCGCUGUAACUUUUCAGGUCGAUUUUAGCGUCCUCGACUUCUGUCUACAAGUAUGUUGGCCAGUAGAUAAAUUAGUAAAACUGGUUAUUGAGCCUUUUUUUAUCUUCGCAAAAGCCUUAUAACAAGCAUUUUUAUACAAUUAAAAAUUGAAAAGAUAACUUAUUUUUUUGUAAUAUAUUAUCAGGUUCCGCUGGGCUAUGUUGUUGGAUCAGUUCUUACCUGCCCUCCAGGAAAGAUCAUGCUUAAAGUUUCACCCAGAGACUAAUACAAGAGGAUAUUACAUUACCUUUCAAGUACACAAAUAUAUGUGUUUGGAUAGAUAUCUAACAUCCAAUUUCACUACCGUAAACCUUUGCAUGUUACGUAUUUGCAUGUAUACUUAACUAAAUAUGCUGGCAAGUAGAACAUAGCGAUGAUGAAGGAAAUAGAGAUCUUUGUAGUUCUUCCAAGAUUAAAAAAUUCUCACGAAAUAGUAUUGUUGCUGAUUAUGCUCUAGCCAUUGACUCGAGCUGUUUCUACUUAUGUUGUGGUAAUCCUCUAUCAAGGUUUUCUAUCACGUUCAGGAGGUCAGGAUUUUUUAAGUGCUUACGGGUUCAUUGCUGUUUUUUUCUUGAAUAGCCCACAUAGCGUAACCUCUUGAAUUUUAUAAUGCCCAGUUAUCGUAAUUCAGGGCUAGAGCAUUUUUCUUUGUAUUUAAAGAUAUGUAGUAAAACACAGACAGGCAACAUGUACCGUGAAAAUAGGUUUUUAUUAGUGAUAGAAUGAUAACGUAUGGUGAUCUCUUAAUCUAACUGUAAAUUUAGAUCUCAUUUUGACAUCAAUAAACUACCUAUCAAAGUAACGAAGAAUAUGUCUCUGUUCGAUGCUUUUUAGCGCGAUCAUUUAAUUUUUAUCUCGGUUUGAGUGAUCAGUGCAUGGACAAGAGUUGGCCAAAUGCUCAGAGCGUUAGAUUCUGAGGCGAAAAGUCUGCAUUCGAACCCUGGCAUUCCACAGUGUCUGUAACUGUGGUCGCCCACGAACUGUUAGGACGAAAUAACAAAAAGCUGGGGAAUAUAAUGUUAUGGAGUAGCAGAAUAUGGUAAAAAGUGGGAAACAAAAAUCCUGACGGGUUCAUGCUAUUAAAGCUGAUAUAAGCUCUGGCAGGAUGGGUCUCCUGGCCCGUCAUCUGAUGAAUCAAGUUGAGUGAUGAAGCACCAAACAUUGACCGAUGACCAGACAUUUCCAGCUAUAGGAAAAAAAAGCGAUCUAGAAAUAUUAAGUAUAGCUGAGACCGUUUAUCGUUGGCAAGAAAAUGUCUCGACCGACACGGUGUCUUUUAGGCUGGACACGAAAGAAAUCGUACCAGAUUAUAUCAGUAACCUAUUUCGUGUACUUAACUGCCGAAGUUUGCUGCAGGCGGUCUUUUUAAGUGAAAACGCGUUCUAAAUCCACAGAUAUCUUGACAGCGGGGAUUAUUCUCUCUAUUCCCUUGAAACUCUUAGGGAGAAAUGGCCGCUGGACUGAAUUACAAAACAUCCUUAGCCUGAAGAAAACCCUCUGUUAUCUACAAGGCAUUAAUGAUAUGUUCCGUAUUUGUUGAUUUAUGCUUUGCGUGACUUGUAUUUUGUUGAUCAGUUUUUUUUAAAUAGCACAAAUAUCAAAUCUAAAAUCGCAAUGUGGACCCGUUUCAAAACGUGAUGCAUCUCGUGUUUACUUUUAGGACUGAAGUAAUUACCUCAUAGUGAGUCUAAAAAGAAAACAAUACUUAUUGCUGUCGUGACACCCUGACCCUGAACUGUUGCUAAUUAAGUCAAAAUUUGUAAUCUUCUGACUAAUUUGCGUUAGAUCGCGGAUUGAAAUCUACCGGCGCUGACGUUUACAGAUCAGGGAGACCUUUGGUUUUAGAGACGAAAUUAUUCGCUUGUGGACGUAUAAUUUUGUUGGUAAGAACAUUCUUUGUAUUUAAGCACGAAAGUUGAGAUCCAAUAAUGUGUGUUAUUUAUGUGUUGUAUUGCCUUACCAGUAACCUAUUGUUCCUUGCAUAAAAAUGAUCGAAUAACGCAAAAUUUUACAGAUUCACAGGAAGUACAAAGCAAAGAUGGCGGAUGUUCUGCAAGCAGCGUUUCAAUUUGCCAGCGAUCAUUGGAUUACUCUUUUGGUCGGAUUCUCGAUCAUAUUAUAUUAUUGGUAAGUAUGUGAAACAUAGGUAUGAGCGCAAAUGGUCGACUAAUGAACCUAAGAGACGACAGUGGGGUUUUUAUUAUAACAGGAUUGGAAAUUCGUGGAUAAACUGAUAGGUGGAGUACAAUGGCUGUAAACAUAUGAAAAUCAUGUGUGUGCACUGCGGUUGAAGAAACGAAUAUAGAAUCGAUCUUCGCAGUUAUGAACACUACUGAACUAGUAGUUGAAAUAAGGCCUGAAAAAAAUUCAGGCGCGUACGGGAUUUGAACCCAUGACCUCUACGAUACCGGUGCAACGUUCUACCAACUGAGCUAACAUGCCAACUAGAAUUAUGUUAAAUGCAAAUAAACCUUCAAAAUGGUGAAUAAUGGCUAUAAACAUAUGAAAAUCAUAUGUGUGUACUGCGGUUGAAGAAACGAAUAUAGAAUCGAUCAUCGCAGUUAUGCCGGAACACUACUGAACUAGUAAUGACCGGUUCCCAGUUGGCUUGUUAGCUCACAGGCGGCCCAAGCUCCAGCUGUGAGGUGAUCAUAUUGCGCAAUAACAGUCAUGGCGGAAUUAUAAGAGUUUGUAUGGGAAUAUUUACGGCCGCCCUAAGGAAUAAAAUAAUGCGUCAAAUUCUCAAAAAAAAAUACCUCACCUUACUUCUACAGCGUAAUGCUUGUUAUCUGACCGCUUACUUUGAUGAAAAGGACGCAUUUUAGCGAGUUGUCCAUUUCGACGUUUUCAACGUUCAUAAGUCUUCUUAUGUAAGUUGAAAACGUCGAAAUCCCGUACAAGCCUGAAUUUUUUUUCAGGCCUUAUUUCAAAUGCUAGUUCAGUGGUUUUCAUAACUGCGAAGAUCGAGUCUAUAUAGUUGGAGUAUUAUUCAGGUUGCCAUUCCAUUUAAACCUUGAUAGUAUCAGUUCUUUGAGCUAAUUUUAGAGACUGAAACUCUGAAAUGAACAUCUCAUGAAACCCUAGAUUCUGAAAACACCAAUGAAGUUUGUCUUUCUGAUUGUCUAUUUUGAAUUUCGCUCUAUUGUUUCAACCUCAUGGAACUUAGUUAGUAUUAAUUACAUCUGAUUGUCACGCAAUGUUUCCCGCAAAACCUCCCAUAUGUCCUGUACCAACACACUCCCAUCAUCCCAAACCUAUGUGAAAAGAUAUGUAACAUGGUUUAAUUUUUAACAAAACGGUUUUAAUGGAUUGGAGGCAACAUCAAAACCACAGCUGUAAUCGAUGUUUUCUCGUUUUAAUUUCUUCAAGGCAUUGGGUUUCGUACUACACUGUGUUCACGAAACUUGGAAUCACUGGGCCAACACCUCUUCCACUUUUGGGAAAUACGAGACAAACGCUUCUUAAUGUAAACCAGAUUUUAUUUCAUUUCUAUUUCUCUCUUGUGUAUUUCAAUAAUGCUUUGCAUAUGGCGACUUCUAGAACUCGUAAUUCUUUCCAUAGCAUUCUGCUCGCAUAAAGAAAGGAAUCCUCUGAUCGUGUAAAGAUGAAGACCCGGCCUUCUCUAAGUUUCUCGAGUAAUGAUUUUGUUUAUCUUCUUGCAGCCAAAUUUUGCUCCAAAACUUCAUGUAGAGUGGUGUGCAAAGUAUGGCAGGGUGUUUGGGUUUGUACAACUUUCUUAUUUUCUGAACACUUAUUUUGUUAUCAAUUUUGGUAUUGCAGUCUAUAACAAUUUCCCAAAUAAUCCAUUGGAUACCUAGAUAAUAUGUAUGGCCAGUAGUUUUUUGUUCGCACAACCUCAUGUUAAUUAAACUUCUCUCUAAGAAGCAAUUCAAAUUAUCGUAACCCUUUACUACGUUAAAACAUACUCAUUGAUGUACAGUGGAACAUAGAUGAGGCGCAACAAUUCAACGUUAAUGUUAAAUGUUAAAACAUAAUCAUCGAUGUAUAGUGGAACAUAGAUGAGGUACAACAAUGUAACGAAAAAAAAGUGUGAUGAUGGCAGAUGAAGUACUUUGAGAGCAGAAAUUUCUUUUAAGAUUUAGUUAGCAGUAAGACUAAGUUAACUGAAUAUGAGAUAUGAGCCACAGCUGACUGUUAGAACAGAAGCAAAGUAUUCUUCUACUGUAAACAACAUAACGAGUAAAUUUUUUUUCUUUCAGAAUGUAUUUGUUCCGGACGCCUUUUCUAAUGGUAGCUGAUCCUGAAAUGAUCAAAGAGAUCCUCGUUAAAGAAUUUCAAAAAUUCCAUGAUCGAAAGGUUAAAAUGAUACAUAGUUUUUUCUUUUCCUUAAUCAUCUCUUCUCUUUGUAUCGUUAUGAAAGACUUAAAUUUGUCUUCUUUCAAUUUUUAGCUCAUCGUAAAUUUUACAAAGCCUUAUGACAGGAUGUUGACCUUAGUACCUGGUCAGAAGUGGAAAGAUAUCCGUACUACUCUGACUCCAACCUUCAGUGCUUCUAAGAUGAAGCAGGUGCUUAAAGUCUUAUUUGACUGAAACAAUUGCAUACUCUCUAGGAGUGGUCCAGGGCAAAUAUUCAGUUAUCUUGACUCCAGCAGUGGUGUUAUCACUUGGGUAUCAUCAGGAUAUUAUGAUGUAUUACCAGAUAUUUUGAGUAAGAUGGUUACUCUGGGCAAGCGACUAUGGUUCAUAUCUAUAGCAGCUCAUUUGAGAAGACAAUUUUAAAUAAUUUACUUUUGUGGGAGUUGGGUUGGGUUGACAAAGGUUUUCCUUUUAAGCGUAUAUGCAGCUGUAUGUCGAGAGAGUCAGAUGCAUAUGAGGACGAUUAAAUGAACCAGUUAAGUCUAAUUACCUGGAGUGUAAUCCAACUGAGGUUAAGUGCCCAAAAUGACUACCACUGAUUUCUAGUUAAUUCCCCCUUAAAAGUCAGGCAAAAUAAAAUCACCUCUUCUUACCUUUAUCCUCAACAAGACUGAAGUACUUCAGGUUAUUGGAAGAUUGAAGUUGCGUCAUUUUUUUUUUCAGAUGAUGACAUUUAUGAAUGAAUCCGUGGACACGUUUAUUGAUAAGGUGGACAAAAUUUCAGAAACAGGCGAGAUAGUAGAUUUUCAUAAGUGAGUUUAUGCAAGUAAAUUGUAAUUGUUAUUUCCUUUGUUUUAGCGAUAAGAUAAGAGGAGUGUCAGUUUACAUUUUCAUGCACCCCUAAGUAUGUAUUUAGCGUUUUUCUUUUCAUGUCUCCUAGGUGGCUUCAGAGUCUUACCAUGGAGGUAAUCUUGUCAACAGCAUUUGGAGUGAGAGCAGAAACACAAACUACUGAAAAUGAUCCAAUCACUGAACGAGCAAAGAAAGUCAUGACUCCUAAACCUAUCGUUGGGUUAACAUGUUAGUUUCGUAUAUUUUACCCCACAGUUCAAUGCUUGCCUCAUGUUAUUCAUCAUUUGGAAAAUUCCCGAUUUCCUACCUCGAAGCUUUCUCCCCGUCAACCCCCAGGAGUACUUCCCAGAAAGAGGUUAGAGAGAAGUGCCGCUGGAUGGCGUCACAUUUUCACAACUGGAUUGAAUAAAAUAGGUUUACAUUUUCAGUAGUGUGACCAGCGUGGGUUCGCACAUUUUCAAGAUGUAGGGGCAAGAUAAUCCUGAUAAAGAGAAAUUAAGAAAUGGGAAGAUUCGGGGUUAAAAAAAUUGUUACAUUAACCCAAAAGUGAGUAUAAUGCAAUCUAUAAUUGGCCACAGAAUAGACUAUAACCUCGCCCCCGCCCCCCACCCCCCAUUUAUUAUAAAAGUUUCUUUAGAAACUUAUCCCCCCUCUCCCCCCGUAGUAAUAGAGUAGAUCACUCACAAGAUCUUUGAAGUUUAAGUUAUUUGGGGUUAUCAAAACCAUUCCUUUUUCAGUGCUACUGCCGUUUGGAGACCGGUUACUAAACUAUCUUAAUGAUCCCUUUGAGUUUGACCCAAUCGGGUCCGUAGCAGCUAAUAUAAUAGCUGAGAGGACAACGGAAAAUAUUAACAGGAAAGCCAAGGUAAGUACGAUAUGCAAGACAUUCUACAAUCGGUACAUAUCUUAAACCUGAAGCUGUAUUGAACUCGCUGUUCAUGCUGAUCAUGAAAUCUCAACUGUAUCCGUAUUUCGUUCCGUACAACCUUCGACAGAUAUUCCAGUCGAUCAGAUGGAAAACACUUGAUUGGUCAGGUCAAAGAGGACUCGUUCAUUUCUAAACUCGUUUUCUCAGAGCCGCCUCAUUCCCUCCUUAUCAAUCAAGGGUUAUUGAUUAAAGUUGUCGGUUCCUUACGUUUGAUUUUAUAACCGAUCUUAGUCUUCACUCCUCCCUUACAGCCUUAAGACAUGUUAUAAUAUAUUUUGAAUUAUUUCUUACAGCGAAGGGACUUACUCCAAAUGAUGCUGGACGCAAAAGAAGAAACCGGCGGACAAAAAAUUGACAAUGAAGAUAUUCAGGCCCAAAGUCUCGUUUUUCUAAUCGCUGGAUAUGAAACUUCCAGUACCACCCUGGGGUUUGUUUUUUAUCACCUCGCUAUUGAUACGCAUGUGCAAGACAAACUGAGAGAUGAGAUUGACCGUUUGUGGCCUGAGGACGAGGUAUAAAAGGGCUAUAAAUUAGUCAUGUGUCACCAUACUUAAACUAUUCUCAAUUGAUCUUGAAAGAAGGCAAACUUGCGUAGCGAUAAUGUUGUCGACAGAGAAUAUGAUAUGAAUAUGAUAUGAUAAACAGUGAGCAUGGACUGGAUAUUUAAAAAAGCCUGGGUAAUUAUGCAGUUAACAAAUUAAACAAAUGAUGCGUGCAAUUAAAUAAACGAAUUCAGAUUAUCGAAAACUUCGAAUAUUUCCCUUUCUCAUAAGCUAACUUAAAAUGUUAAUGACCACCCAUUAAUCUCUUCAGGCGUCGCCGUCAUACGAUCUGCUUCAUAGGAUGGAAUACCUUGACAUGGUCAUUAAUGAAGCACUCAGAAUGUAUCCCCCAGGAUUUGUGUAAGUGUACGAGGAUUCCCUGAUAUCUUUUAAUUUGUAGAUAUGCUAAGCAUAGCAACAUGCUCGAGUAAUGUAGAGAUUCGAUUUGCAAAUUUCUUGGCGUUUGCUCGGCCCCAGGAGUGUGAAGAGAGCAUUUGGAAUCAUAGUAUCAUUGGCAUAAAGUACAAACACAGUAUAUUUUGAUUGCAUUCUGCACAAUAUACAAAAUUAGGAUGUUAUGUGUUAGCUAUUACUUUUCUUGUGUAUAAUUUACGAUUGCACCUCAGACUCCAGAGAGACUGCAACGAAACCUGCACUAUCAAAGGUGUCAAAAUUCCACAAGGAAUGCCGAUCAUGGUUCCAUGUUAUGCUGUUCAUCACGACCCAGAGAUUUAUCCAGAUCCCGAAAAGUUUGAUCCAGAGAGGUGAGAUAGGUUAUUCGUUUGCUGGCACUGAUGAAUUGAGUUACUGUUACCGAAUUUCAUUCGUAUCUGAUUACUGAUAUCUGAAUGCAGACUAGACUAGGAAACGGUUUUAACACCCCAUUCCUUCAGGACCCUUCUCGAAUAGUGUUUUGGUUUUCAACAGGUUCACAGAAGACGAAAAAGCAAAGCGUCAUCCGUAUGCAUUCAUGCCGUUUGGUCACGGCCCCCGCAACUGUGUCGGCAUGCGAUUUGCUUUGCUGGAAAUUAAGCUGACCCUGGUGAGAUUACUGAGGAAGUAUAAGCUGGAACGGACGGAGAAAACAGCGGUAGGUCAGCUGAUUGCUGCAAUAAUUGAUUAUUAACGAUUUCAUGGAAAAUUUGUUUGCUAAAUCCAAUCGUUUUUGUCAGUCAUUGUCGACCAAGUUGUGAGUCGUCCAAGUUUCAACAUAAACGUUUAGUGUCUCUGAGCGAAUUAUGAAAUGUGAUUGCAGCUUUCUGAGGCCAAAUCUGUGCUUUCUCGCAAAAACGUUCUUGAGGAAUUUCCAUGUAACUCGUUGCAGGACCUUAUAACUUUGUUUUGACCGCACUCUCCACCAUCAUUGUUCAUGAUCACUGUUGUGUAUCUUGUAGGUUCCAUUGGAUUACGUUGUUACCUCUACAAUGUCCUGCCCGCAAGGACAAGUAAUGCUGAAAGUUUCACCCAGAGAUUAGAAAACUAAGUGGUGCCUGGACAUCAACCUCAAUUACUUUUACACUGCUUGACAAGUUUAUGUCAGGCUUGGAUAGUUUAGACUGAACUGGCUUUAAUCUGUCUUUUUAAUUACAGUACUUCUUUUGUCAACGUUUUCAUGGAAAAAAUGUAAAGAAAAAGUUCUUAUGAAUUUGUCUUGUUUUGUCUGUUUGUUUUAAUUUCUGUCGAGAUAUCAGGUACCGUUCUCAAAUUUUGUACUCAUGUUAUAGAUAUGUAUCACAGCUCACUGAGCCGUGUAGAGUAUGAUAUGUUUUUAUAUACGACUCUUCCAAAACCGAAUCCAUGAAAAACCGAGUCUACGAGCGAGACAGCGAUAUGGUAUUAAAGCCGUGUAAGUAAAAAACAGCAUCAGGCUCGGAAUAUUUCAGUAAGGAAGGCUUAUAAUCGUCUCCAUCCUGCAGCAUUCACGAACAGAAACUAUCAUUGCAAUUGUCUUACUAAUGCGGUCAAUACUCUUACGGUCACCGCAGUGGUUAGAGUGGUCCUGAACGGCUUCGUUGCUCGAGCUCUGAGUAUGAGCACCAAAUUAUCGCUCAGCAUCUGUGUGAGCAAAAAAAUUUAAGAUUGGUCCUACAAUGAUUUAGUAAGUGUAUUCUAUGAAAUUAAAUAAAGCAAUGACCAACCACCUAAUCUGUCUACAGUUUGAUUAGGAAAACAAAGACGCAUAACAGCCAUGAAAUAGUUGCUUUUGUUUUUUAGGAUCAUUUUGAACCGAAUGGGUAACUUCCUUCAACAAAAAUUAUCUCCUUUAAAGCAUUCAGUCAUUUUUCCAUCAAAGUUGUUUAGCGUAUCUACGGUUUUUCUAGAAAACCUCCAGGAAUCACAAAGGUUAACUUUCUUAAGCGGUUUCUGCUUUGACAGAAUUAAUGUUCACCAACCGUAUUCUUGUAUGAGAGACAUCAUAGGCCGUAGGUCUAAUGUCAGAAAGUUACUUUGGAAGGUCACGGAAAGUCAAGUUUACAAAGGGGGAACGAUCAACCGCUGUGAACCUCUUGAUAAAAUUUCGACUCGCUGGUUUAAGGACAUCCUCUUUCAUUUGCGCACAUUGCAUCAUUCAGGUGCGUGGAAAUCAUUGCAUUAUAUUUCACGCACUGCGGUUUUGACGUCAGAGCAAACUGAGAACCCGUUACUCUCUAGUUACUUUGGAAGAAUAAACUCGCUUAUCCCUUUUCGUUCACAACGCAUCUACUGAAAAGUAUACCCCUUAAAAUAUGAGCAGAGCCACCCGGGCAUUUCUCCUAGAUAUUAAAAAUAAAUAGCAAUUCUGGCUCGUCUACCGUGACAUCGAUAUCUGAAACCUCUAUCAUUACAAAAUUUACAUACCGUUGAAAGCUUCUAUUUAUGGUCCAGCCAUGCGCGGACAUGCAUAAUACUCACUAUCUUAGAGUUGAUCACAAGCCUGUAAACGCACUUCAGCCAGUUUGUGUAGCAGACAACAUCAAUUCAAUGAAGUAAGAAUUGAUGUACUUUGAGUGUUAAGUCUUCCAACCAUAAAACGUAUCAAAUGUGUUUUAAUUUAUUGUUAAAUUGGGAGCUGUAAGGAUGUGUUCCAGAUCUCCCUGGGCUUCGAUUGCACGUAAUCUUGCGUUUGGGAGAAAAGAAGUUCCAAAGAGCAACAACUGAAAAUAAGGUUAACGAAUCUCUUCUACUCCAGACGAGUAUAGCCACCUUUACCAACAAGGCAACGCUGUUCUGCAGCUGCACACAAGUGCAUCCAAGAUGGCUGAAAUAAUUCAGUUUGCGAGCGACUACUGGGUUACACUUUUGGCUGGUUUCCUGAUUCUUCUGUUUUACCGGUAGGUGAGAGACGAUGCAUUGCUAAACUGCUUAAUGUCCACCGAUAACACAUCAUGGAUUCAAUUGUAUCAGAACUUGGUAUUUUGGAAUUGCUAUGAAUUUCUACGGAUUAUUUUCAUGGGUCACGCAACCGUGACACCUUGUUCUUCCAAUAAAUAGGUAAAUGUACCAACGAACUUAUCUGCGACCGCUUAAUUAACUCUUCUCUAUCAAUAGAUACUGUGUUGCACCAUUCACCUUAUUCAGGAGGCUUGGAAUCAGAGGGCCCACACCGCUUCCACUUUUGGGAAAUUCAGGAAGAGUCCUUUUGGAUGUAAGUCGCUGAUUAAUUAUCAUUUGUUUAUUUAGGAUGGGGCGAGUCGGAGCAUAUUUAUUGAUUACGACCAAACUGGACAGUUUUAAUUUCACGACAUAGAUAUUGUUGAAAUCAAAUAAAACCUCUAGCAUGUUGGUUUCUUUUCACAGCAAAAUAUUGCUCCGAAGCUUCAUCGAGAGUGGUGUAGGAAGUAUGGCAGGGUGUUUGGGUAAGUUAAUCAGGAGCCAAUUUCAUUGUUCGAGUCCAACAUGAUGACAUAUCUUUUGGAAUGGUGAUACGCUAAAUCCAUGCAACAUAGAACUUUGGGUGUUUAAAGACAUUAUCUGCGUACGGAUUGUUUCGGGUGAUGUGAAGUCAUAUGUAUUCUUGGUUUUGUCAGGAUGUACUUUUUUCGUCAGCCUUUUCUGAUGGUGGCUGAUCCGGAAAUGAUCAGAGAUGUCUUUGUCAAGGAGUUUCCCAAAUUUCACGAUAGAAAGGUAGUGUUAUCGUAGAGUAGAUUAAUAACCAGUGCAUGGUACGUCCCAAGAACCAAAUAUAAAAUCAUCAGGGCUUUCCCACAGCAGACUGUGCUCCAAACACGAUACUCUGUUCUUUCCUUCUAUUCCUUCCUCCUUACCUCUCCCCCUCUCCCAUUCAAAGUGACACCGUGUGUGCUCUUGCAUUGCUAAGCAAAAGUGAACAGAGGAAUUGGGAUUUGUAAUGGCAAUUACACUAUUUUACUGAAGUGCAUUUGCAGCCAGGCAAAGACUAGUGUUCACGACUCUUGGACGUUCUAAAUGCAGUUAGAUCAAGCAACAUCAAUCAAGUGUCAAGAAUUUGAUGUCACAUUCACUUUGAAAGGAUGUCGUCUGUUUUAUCAUCAGAACUCCUUAAAAUUCCGAAAACCCUAUGACAAAAUGUUGGCAAUAGUUACUGGUAAAAAAUGGAAGGAUAUUCGAAGUACUCUGUCACCAGCAUUCAGUGCCUCUAAAAUGAAACAGGUACGUAGAUUUCGGACUCAAAAUUAAAUAACCUCUGUGCACUAGAAUGAUGAUUAACGAAGGUUUUUAUGAAAAGGAAACGUUUGAACGACAUUCAGUAUGAAGCACAUCUCAGUGGUAGAGGCUGUAAUUUUUAGGAUAUAACUAAUUGAAUGAAAUAACGAAGCAUUUUGCAUAACCAUAACCGUUCAUAUAGUUAAAUGUUUUUAAAUUUAUGAUUUUUUGGCGAAAUGGCCAGAUUUAAUUAUAAAGCUUAUAAUAGUAGUAAAUUGAUUUUAAAGAACCCUUUUGAACUUAUUGAAGAAAUCAAGUAAAUCGUUGAACUAAAAGUUUGGCCAUAUUGUAAAUCACAUUUGUCACUAAAAAAUUAUAACCAUGCAUCAAGUUUAACAUUAGAGAGAUGUUUACUAUCGAUUGUAGAAUGCUUAUAUUACACAUUUUUUUCAGAUGAUGGCGCUGAUGAAUGAAGCAGUGGGAACACUUAUGAAAAAAGUGGACUAUAUUUCAAGAACAAAAGAGAUUGUUGACUUCAACAGGUGAUCUUGUUUUUAUGCGAAUGUCCUUCCUGAUUUACUCGUGUAUUAGGGCUCUGAAAUACAAUGUAAGCGAAUAUAAUUUUAUCUCAAUAAUGUAUUAGCGUUCAGCAUUAACUGUUCAGUUGAAGCUGCCCUCGUCAUUCUUCUUUUCCUUUUUCCUGUUCUAAAUAGAGCACAGCGUCUGCUGAGGUCACCUCUAAAGUAAGGGUUAUUAAACCUGAAUAUAUUUUAUCCCAUAGUUGGCUCCAGAGUCUUACCAUGGAAAUAAUUCUGUCGACAGCGUUUGGAGUCAAAGCAGAAACACAGACUGAUGAAAAUGAUCCAAUCACUCAAAUGGCAAGAAAAGCAACAACACCACAUCCCAUCAUUGGCGUUCUGUGUAAGAUCUGACUUCCCUUCAACCUCUUAGCCUUGAGGAAAGAAUUUAAUACGUUGAAAAAAAUGCUCUCUAGCGUAAACGCAACGUAACAUAAGGUCCGGAAACUGUAUCUCUGACUUAGAGAAGGUUGAUAUACUGAAGCGUUCCUGAAACCAUUCCCCGUGCUAAUGUAUUCUGAUAUUAAGCGUAUUUUGAAACCAUUCGCUCUGUUAUUUAGUUCUUCUGCCUUUUGGAGACUGGUUAUCCAAGUACGUACCAGACCCAUUUAAUUUUGAGAAGAUGUGGUCUCUUGCUGAAAACAUUCUUGCUGAAAGGACGAAAGUAAACGGAAAAAGCAAACCAAAGGUGAGUAACAAACUAUGAAGCGCAAUCCUUUACACCUCAGCAUUAGUUUACAUAUUCUCCAUACUGUCUAUACUGUCUAUACUGUCUCUAUACUGUUUACAUAUUCUCCAUACUGUCCAUACUGUCUAUACUGUCUCCAUAUCGUUUACAUAUUCUCCAUACUGUCCAUACUGUCUAUACUGUCUCUAUACUGUUUACAUAUUCUCCAUACUGUCCAUACUGUCUAUACUGUCUCUAUACUGUUUACAUAUUCUCCAUACUGUCCAUACUGUCUAUACUGUCUCCAUACUGUUUACAUAUUCUCCAUACUGUCCAUACUGUCUAUACUGUUUUCUCCAUACUGUCCAUACUGUCUAUACUGUCUCCAUACUGUUUAUAUUCUCCAUACUGUCCAUACUGUCUAUACUGUCUCCAUACUGUUUACAUAUUCUCCAUACUGUCCAUACUGUCUAUACUGUCUCCAUACUGUUUACAUAUUCUCCAUACUGUCUAUACUGUCUAUACUGUCUCUAUACUGUUUACACAUUCUCCAUACUGUCCAUACUGUCUAUACUGUCUCCAUACUGUUUACAUAUUCUCCAUACUGUCCAUACUGUCUAUACUGUCUCUAUACUGUUUACAUAUUCUCCAUACUGUCCAUACUGUCUAUACUGUCUCUAUACUGUUUACAUAUUCUCCAUACUGUCCAUACUGUCUAUACUGUCUCUAUACUGUUUACAUAUUCUCCAUACUGUCCAUACUGUCUAUACUGUCUCCAUACUGUUUACAUAUUCUCCAUACUGUCCAUACUGUCUAUACUGUCUCUAUACUGUUUACAUAUUCUCCAUACUGUCCAUACUGUCUAUACUGUCUCCAUACUGUUUACAUAUUCUCCAUACUGUCCAUACUGUCUAUACUGUCUCCAUACUGUUUACAUAUUCUCCAUACUGUCCAUACUGUCUAUACUGUCUCCAUACUGUUUACAUAUUCUCCAUACUGUCCAUACUGUCUAGACUGUCUCCAUACUGUUUACAUAUUCUCCAUACUGUCCAUACUGUCUAGACUGUCUCCAUACUGUUUACAUAUUCUCCAUACUGUCCUCUUCGCAAUUCUUAUUGUAUUAUCAGGGAGAAUUGUGAGAGCCUCUAAAUUGGUAAUCGUUUCCUUUAUUCUCAUGGCCUUUAUAUUUGAUUCAAGGGUGACACUGUAGGGAGGAAUUAUAAGCCAGUCACUAUUUGGGUUUAAAGGGUUAAUUUAAGAUGAAGAGUUAGACUUGAGCAUACAGCCCCACGCGAAUAACACGUGUUUUUGAUGCAGAAGCUGUAGUUACGGCUUACCAAAAUAGCUUUCUUUCAGCGAGGGGACAUGUUGCAACUUAUGCUGGAUGCGAAAGACGAAACAGGGGGAGAAAAGAUUGACUAUGAAGACAUCAUUGCCCAGACUUUGGUUUUCCUUAUCGCUGGUUAUGAAACAACAAGUACCACUCUGGGCUUUGUUUGUUAUCAUCUUGCUGUUGACACGCAUGUGCAAGACAAACUGAGGAAUGAAAUUGACCGUCUAUGGCCCGUAGACGAGGUAUGAAGCCGUUUUAGCGCAUAACGUAAUAUAGCUCUGCCAAGGGCUUAAAACAGAUCCCUUGGCUAAAAGAUAGUCGAGCUUUUUAGUUUACUAAUCUCCCCUCUUGAUCUUUGUGUCCUAACAUAAGAAGGCUUCAAAUGCAAUUUGCAAUUUUGAUAUCCCCGUUUAACCUUCUCUUUUUUUUCAGGCGUCACCGUCUUAUGAUGUCCUUCAUAAGAUGGAAUAUCUCGACAUGGUUAUUAACGAAGCACUCAGGAUGUAUCCCCCGGGCUUUAUGUGCGUAUAGGAAGUAUAAAAACGAUCUCUACUACCCCGCUUAGUAGACAGCUUCUCAAUGUUCGACCAUUGGCGCGAAUUCAAAAAUUAUUCAGUCUCGUAAUGAUGAGAUUUAAUUUAUUAUAGACAAAGGAAAGUCAUGCGACACGAAAUUAAAUUAAUGUCAGGUUGAUUUAUGUAGAUCAAGACAAAAUGAUGGCUUGAAAAAAAUUUCUUUGUUGAAAGAAAUUGUGAUGUCUAAAUAUUCCAGAGAUUUCUGAGUCCUAGUCAACUUUAACGUACGUUGGAUUAAGACCCUUAUCACCGAUACUACUGGCACAAGCCUUACUCCCAUUAGCUAUCUACAGACUCGUGGUCGGUUCACUAGUUCUACAGUUGUUUCGAGAAAGGUUGUCGGAAAAAAGCUAUUACGACACGCGACGACCCGAAAGGUAUCGUGAGUAGUUUUCAGGUUAUCACGGUUUCUUGAGCUUAGGAUUUCAGAGAAAUCUGAGAAAAAGUCACUGUAAGGACGAGACAUUAUGUUUUUGACGAAUUUAUUUAAAUUCAUUGAUAGCGGACACCCGAAUUACCUUUCAAGGUUAUCGCGCCUUCUGCUGAAAAGGCGCCCUUUUGUCUGUGUUGUGGUUUUUGUUUCUUCCGUUUUCCAGCGAACGGAGGUGCAAGGAAAGUGCGAGGAAAGUGCCGGGAAAGUGUGAGAAAAGUAGGAGAAUAUUGAGUACAAAGUGUGAUAAAAGCGCGGUAAAAGUGCGGGGAAAGUAUGGGAAAUAUGCUAACAUAGUACCCAAAAACUGUAAGAAGAGUAUGAUUAAAGGGCGAUAAAAGUGCGUUCAAAGCGCGUGGAAUGUUCGAGAAAAGUGAGAGGAAAGUGCAGAGAAAAUUGGACAAAUAGUAUUCAGAAUAGAAUAAAAUAUAAAAUAACGUAACAACAGCUGUCAACUUCAUACCUCGAGCGUAACGGAAAACUGAUACGAGAAUAGGGUUACUGGUCGUUUCGUAACCACAGUCGUUUCGUACCCAGCUAAGACUAUUCAUGUCCAGUCAGUUGACUCGUUACGUACCCAUACAGGAGCCCAUUACUCCUGACUCACACUAAUAAAGUAUGUUUUCCAUGUUAAGUAUGUUUAAAGAAAGGUCGGUUUCUUAUAAUAAAUUACAAUACUACCUGCUUGAAAUAAGUUGUCACGUGGCGUCCAUUUCUGAUAAGCGACGGAAAAGAAGCGUAAAAGUGCCGUAAUGCGGUGAGAUUGUCGCGUGCACUUUUGUCCUUUUUUCCGACAACCUUCUCGAAAUGUGUUUACAUGUCACUAGGUUUUGUCUAAAUUUACUUGAUUUCCGUCCUAGGACACAGAGAGAUUGUAAUGAAACCUGCACCAUCAAAGGGAUCAAAAUUCCAAAAGGAUUGCCCGUCAUGAUACCAAUUUAUGCCAUCCAUCAUGACCCAGAGUUUUGGCCGGAGCCAGAGAGGUUUGAUCCGGAGAGGUGCGAAAAUGACGUCUAAAUGUUCUUGUUUAGUGUUUUCUUCAGGGCUCGGAGUUAUCAGAAUGAAAAAUCCCCGAAUUAUUAUUUCAUCAUAUUCUUCCGCCUUAUCCCAGCCUUCAUGAACAAUUGGGGGUCUUUCACCUAUUGCCAUGAUGGUCAUUUUGAUCUCUUUGAUCUUUUUAAAGAAAUUAGCUUUUGUAAGUUUUGCCUACGCUGUUGACGCAAAUUCCCUCUUUUCGGAAAAAAGCUCGUCUUAAUUCCUGUUGACUCAUUAAUGUUGAUAGGUUUACAGAAGCGGAGAAAGCAAAACGUUCUCCUUAUGCGUUCCUGCCUUUUGGUUAUGGUCCCCGAAAUUGCAUUGGCAUGCGAUUUGCUUUGCUGGAAAUUAAGCUGACGUUGGUGCGAUUACUGAAGAAGUACAAUCUAGAGAGCACCGAGAAAACAGCGGUAGGUUUGGCUACAAUUUAGUUAGAAUUUAAAUACUUACAGCGACAGCUCUCGUUUGCUUUGUACCUUGUCAACAGAAAGAGCCAUGCAAAAAGUUAGACGCAGAGAUAUGUAAUUUUAUACGCUUACCAUUUUAAGCCGUUACUUUUGUAAUAUUCAUAUCAUUUCUGUGCAAGCAGGAUCUUUGUUUGUUUCCUCUUUUGCAGGUUCCCCUGAAUUUUGCAGUAGCUCUCUCCCUUACGUGUCCUCCGGGGAAAAUCAUGCUACGAGUUUCCAAGAGGGAGUAAAGCAAGGUUUUGAUCGCUGCCUGCACAAUAUUAGCAAGUACAAUGUACUUGAGUCACUCAGUCAGGAAACUUAAAUGUUUCAAAAGAAAACUGUUUGUAGAAGGAGGAAAAACCAAUUUUUUCCAUCACUGCAGAUCGAUGUGGAGGUGUUGGUAGUAAUAUUCCAUGUGUAACUUAUGGUGAGAAACUCACUGCUGCCGGCUACAAUAUUUAACAAAUUAUUCACCAAAGUAGAGGUUAAUAUACACCACAUUCACCAACAUUGAGGUGAAUGAUCGUUUCAGUAUACACCACACAGAUACCAAAAAGUGAUUGGAUUCUGCCAAUAUACCGAAAAAUGAUCAGAAAUUUAACUCGUGACGCGUGGUUUUGUUCGGAGGAGAAUUGAACGUUGCUAUUCAUUUCUGAACUAGCCGAUCAGCGCACGUGAAAAGCACUGUUCAUUUGUGUGGUAAAUACUAAUACAUCAUGUGUUAUAUUCUCUCAGAUCUUUGAAGGGCAAGACAUGAUAAUAAAUAUAUGUAUACGAAUAGAGGAAAGAAAAUGGUGAACUAUGGCAAAGUCACUUACGAUGAAAACCGAUCAUGUUUCGGCGGAUUUCCUCGUAUUUAAAGUGUCAAAAUACGCUUGUGCAGAGAAAUUGUGUACAUAAAAUCUUUGUAGACCAAAAGGAACUGUAGAAAUGUUCAAUUUAAUGUUAGGGGCACUAUUCAAGGACGAGUUGCUUUUGAGUUGAUUUGAGCUCGGAGGCCGGUAAUAAAUGUUAUUCACUACUGUAGACGGCUAUGUAUAUGACCACAACACUUUGCGAUAACUGUGCUUUGAAUAAACGCUUUUUAAUAGGAUACAGUCUUCGCAACUACAAUUUUGAAUAAGAUACCCGUCUCUUUUAUCAGGAUCCGCGAUAAAUUUAGCGAGGUUAAGAUUCCAAAAAACUAAUUUUGAUUUUAGAAUCAUCACUUCUCGCUUCUCAUGCGUUUCUUUUUUAUCAGUUACAAAUUUUCAAUUUCUGGGGAUUUUUUUUCUUCCCUCUAUUGACCAUCCACCACCCUUUGACUUGAUCACAUGUUCAGGCAUGCCAAGGCAUUCAGGGCUAUGCGAGAUAUUUGCAUGCAACACCUCGCUGCCUUGCGUUGAUGUUAUGCAAUACAGCUAGAAGAAAAGGGAAGAUUCUCAAUUUAGUCAUCUUCCUCCGAAUUUUAGCGAAACGUGAUCGCCUUUAAUCCCAGAACAAGAAGAGAUGAUCGACCUUCUACAAACAAUGAUUCAGUUUACAAGUGACCACUGGGUUACUCUAUUGAUUGGAUUUCUGAUUUUCCUGUCUUAUCGGUAUGUAACACGUCUUCAUUGCCUUCAUUACGUUAGACCCAUUAGACACACAGUCAAGUUGCAUAUUAUUCGCUGAUCCAAUACUUUUCUUUCGGAUAUUGGGACUCGUAAAUAAGAUUUUGGCAAAAUCGAAGGUUCAGACUCCAAUUAUUUAAAUGCACGCAACGUAAUUUUCUUACUUUGAAACCAGUGGAAUUAAAACCAAUGAACACCGGUCUCCAAGUUAGAGUUCUGAUGUGAACGCAAAGGACUCUUGAAAAUUUAUUCCUUGUGUUGUGAGCAAGACAUUAUGGAUAUCAGAGUAUAAACCCUUGCCACUAAAAUGCGCGUAGAAUAAAAUCUUAUAUGCCUCGUGUUUGUGGCCACGUUUGGAUUAACGCGGCUAUGCAAAUUAUCCAAGGGCAAAGGGUGCCUCCGAGUUCGUGACAAGAGUGGAAGUCACGCACGCACUAUUUUCAAAAUAAGGUAGGUCCCCGUUCAACAACGUCAGAAAUCUGACAACUUAAAUUUAAAAAGAACAGAGCGCUCUGAGUUCAUUUUCACAAGAUGAUAUUCUGCUUUGUAGUUUCCGAUUUAAAAUGAAAUUACAUUAUAAGAUUUUAACCACUGAGCUCUUCGCCACAGUUGGGACAGCCGAUGGUUCUAGGUUAUUACUCGGGAAUAUCUUAUUUUGUUAAGGUUCUGCGUUGUACCUUUCACCGUGUUCAAGAAACUUGGAAUCAAAGGACCUGCACCUCUUCCUUUUUUUGGGAACUCCAUACAGAACCAAUUUAAUGUAAGUUGGUUGACUUAAUCCCAAUUUUUUUGUUUACCGUAGUAAUGAAUCGAGUAAAGAAAGACAUAGAGGCCAGUCGAGAAAAUUCCAAAAGAGGGAGGCGAAGGGAUAUAACGAAAAAAAUUAACUCAUAAUCAAGCAAAGCAUUACUAGACAUUAUCCUCAAAAUGAUGAUUGAUAAUAGGAAAUGAAAAGUAUCUGCUUUCAAGAAAAAGCUGGAUGGCGCAAUUGCAGUUUCAAGUCCUAAACACAACGAGGGCGGGUGAAAAAUUAUUGCGAUAAAAAAUCACAAUCAAAUAAAGCAUUACAAUUCUCUUCCUCUUGUAUACUGAUCGGUACUAGAAAGUACCUGGUUCCGAGUAAUACCUUCUUUGGCCGUUUGAAUUUUAUAACUUCCCCAUUCAUUUUUAAAAGUGUAAUAGAAACUUUUCUUUUUGCAGCCAAGCAUUGUCCCGCAAUGUCAGAUAUCAUGGUGUAAAAGAUAUGGGAGGGUGUUUGGGUUUGUAUACUUGAGCGUCCAGUCACGCCACAGUUAUUAUAAUCACACAGAAUGUCAUGGCCAUGGCUUCUGUCACUUACACGAGAAAACGUGACAUAUAUAAGUCGAGAAAAGGCUAUCGUGACUUUUUGAGUGGCUUUCUAUUUAAAGAACAGCAUGCUAAAAAUUGUACAAUCAUUCUAAAACAUAUCGAGAAACCUUUCAAACUACCGAAUUAGCACACAUGUGAGUUAGCUAAUAUUUACACAUUUACAAUUUACAAUUAGUCAGUUCUGAUUGGUUAAGAUAACUGCAGUUUUCAGGGGAGUCAAUGCAGAAGAGGGUUAAUUCGGUGCAAAGAAGUAACAAACCAGACUCAACAACUCCUUGAACUGUUAACCGGACUUUGAACUUUUUUGCGCCUUAAAGCUGUGAAAAUAUCAUCAUAUAUUAUUGUUUUGAUCGUACGCGGUUGUUUUGACCGAACGCACAAUGUCACUUGCAGGGUUUGAAUAAAUUAUUUCUGCACUUGAUGCGCGCGCUUUGCUUCUGUAUAGUUAUGAUAAGCUAUCUCGUAUUUUUCAUGUAUAUUAUUAAUACGUAAGAACAUGAUUUUUCUCGUGCAAUUUGGAAUGAAUAAGCACUUGUAAAUUUUUUCAAAGACCACAAAUUGCACGAGUCCGUAGGGCUCGUGCAAUUUUGUUAGUCUUUGAAAAAAUUUACUCGUGCUCAUUUAUUCCAGAUUGUACUCGAAAUCAUGUGAUUACCCAACUAACAGUUCCCUUUUUUCACUUUUUUAGCAUAUAUAUAUUUCGUCAGCCUUUUCUGGUGGUGGCCGAUCCAGAUAUGGUAAAAGACAUCCUCGUGAAAGAAUUCCCCAAAUUUCAUGAUCGGAAGGUAGAUCUAAAAAAAAUUGUAAAAGCCUUUGUUCUUCACGAACCAUUAAUCAACAAUUCUAUACUGCUAUUAGACUAAUAAAGGAGGGGCCUCACCCAAAUAAUAAAACAAGGUCAUAUCUAAGUAACUCUUAGCCUCGGCCCUGUCUCGGCAGGAAUGAUAAAUAAUCAUGGGUGAGAAAGUCAAAUUUCUCGUACAACGUAAAGGUAGCUUUAGAUCGUUUCUAACGCUAGCAUAGAAAUUUUUAUGAUACUUUGUCACAGUUAAUUUUUCAAUGCACCAUUUAUCAGAAACGUUACUCGACAAUUUCUCGUCGGUACAACUUAGGCGCAAAAUUAUUAUGACUUCAACACGAAAAAUCAUCAACAUGUACAUACAUGCACGAUAUAUGCCACAAAACCAAUACGAACAGACUGAUUUUAAUUCUAACCUUAUGAGUCAGUCUUAUUCAGUGUUUAAAAUUAUGAUUUCAGAAAUUGGUAAACUUUCGAAAACCUUAUGACAGAAUGUUACAAGUUGCCAGUGGUCAGAAGUGGAAGGAUAUUCGAUCCACGCUGUCCCCGACCUUCAGUGCAGCUAAAAUGAAGCAGGCAAGUUAAUUUUGAAUUUUAAGAAAACUGCGUAGAUGCAUUUAAGUCUUAGGUAAUAUGGACGAAACUGUAACCGUGUGACACUCACUUGUUCCUCAUUUCUGAAAACCUUUCUUUCAGAUGAUGCCCUUUAUGAACGAAGCAGUAAACACUUUUAUGCAGAAAGUGGACAGAAUUUCAAAGACAGGAGAAAUCGUUGAUUUCCAUAGGUCAGAACUACAGAGUCACAUGACAUAGGUGGCAAAAAAGAAUUUGUAUUGAACACACACUUCACAGUUUAAAAUUUCCAACAUUUUCAGAAGUCUGAACUCAGAGGCUACCUAAAUUGAAUUGUUAAGCUACCUUUACGCCUUUGAGCAGAGAUCACGUAACGUUUAUGUAAAACGUCUGAUUAGAAUGGCGUUAGCUAAAAAAAUGCACAACAAAGAGUUUUCUGUCGAGUCAGCACAACUUGCUCCCAAUGUCAAAAAUCUUCAAAUGGGUUAAUCAUCCUCUGUAUAGGUACAAAAUAGUUAUCGUAAAUAAUUUAAAAUCUAUGCUUUGUUCUAAUUUUUAAGGUGGUUUCAGAGUCUCACCAUGGAGAUAAUAUUUUCGACAGCAUUUGGACUCAAAGUUGAGACACAAACUGUUGAAAAUGAUCCAGUCACCGAGCUUGCAAAGAAAGCCAUGGCUCCACACCCUUUGCUCGGAUUAGUGUGUGAGGAUUUUAUUUACUUCAGUUGCCUCUUUUUGUUUCAGUUUUGAACAUGUCAACGUUCUUCUAAGAAAAUAUAGCAUUAUAUUGAAGGAAGAAAUUUGCUUGUUGGGGUUGACAUAGUUACUUACCAAAAAACAUAAAUCAACCAUGAGACAUAUUUGUACGUACGUGGUUAUUCUGACCACUCUAAUACUCUAACACUUCUAUAUUAUCUUUUCAGUCCUCCUGCCAUUCGGAGAAUACAUUAUAAAUAAUUUACCGGACCCUUUUGAUUGUGAGAAGAUUUUGUCGUUAUCAGCUGAUAUUAUCGCUCAAAGGAGAGAUGCAAAGGGCGAGAAAAGCGCGGCUGUAAGUAAAGGAGUCAGAUAGUUUUAAAUUGGUGGCAUAAAAGUAUUAGCAAGUUAGUCAAAAAGCUUGGAUAACUAUCACAACUGGCAAACAAGCCUUUACAUGAAUGUGAAACAGCCUAUCGUUUUCUCGGGUAUUUAUUCAUAAUAUGUUUGUCUAUAUCGUGGAAUUAGACCGGGAAGAAUUUGAAGGAAACCGUCUGCAUAACUUUCCCUUUUCACUCCAAAAGUAGCAGAACAAAUGCGCGUACUAUGUUUAUAAGAAAUCCAUUCUUAUUUCUGUUUUUAUGAGAAAUCGUGAACAUGAAAUGAAAUUAUGUACCACGUUUCAGUAGAUCCGUGUAUUUCUGUGAAUUCGGGACAAAACAAAUAAAAAAUAUUACUUUUGCACAAUAUUGCUUGGAGUGUCAUUCCGAUGAAAAAUUCAUUUGAUUCUUUUCAGCGAAAAGAUCUUCUUCAAUUGAUGUUAGAUGCAAAAGGCGAAACGGGAGGAGGAAAGAUUGAUUACGUUGAUAUUGAAGCACAGUGUCUUACUUUCCUUCUCGCUGGUUCCGAUACUUCCAGUACUACUCUGGGUUUUGUUUGCUAUGAACUCGCCCUUCACACAAAUGUGCAAGACAAGCUGAGAGACGAAAUCGACUGUAUGUGGCCCAGAGACGAGGUUGGUAAAUAUCAUUGGAACAUCAACAUGACAGACUUAUUCAAUAACUCUUCAAACACUUCGAAAUUCACACUGAAUGCCUAAAGUAACUUCUCGUUGGACACGUCAAGCACGAAUAUCUGCAGUGGACCAGGUUCUUGUACGCAACAAAACUUAAUCCUAACAUUUGGCCAUCCCAUUUGUUUUUUGUCUUCCCAACGCUGUAUGUUUUAGUUGGCCUAUUUCAAGAAAGAAUUUACAAAAAGACUUAAAACUCGCUGUCUUUGAAUGACGAUAUUUCAGACCUGCUAGACCUAAACGUUUGACGAAAACCUCUCCCUUUUCAUCAUGGAUAAAGUAGUUUUUCCCUUGAAUGGAAUACAACCACAAAAUACACAAAGGAGACUUGUGCCAUAUCCCAUAAUAAUUUCAGACACGCAGAACAUCGUCAUCGGGGUUGACGAUAUUUUAAUCAGUAAACCAAAAGCACGUUAGCGCGCCAUCCGAGAAGAGUUCACUAAUUUUGAAUUUCUAAAUGCAGGAGUCACCAUCAUAUGACACCAUUCAUAAGAUGGAAUAUCUUGAUAUGGUUAUUAACGAAACAAUUAGAAUGCAUCCUCCAGGAUUUGCGUAAGUAAUUGAAAUAGAUGGUAAGAAAUGCUAGUAUGAGUCUGGACAUCGUAUUGCAAAAGGGUUAGGUUUUUGGACCUAGUAUACAGCAGGAUUGUCACAUGCACGUGGUCAAACCUUUACAACAGCGUGAGCAAGCCCAGAGGGUCAUGUAUAUACAACAUGCAUGGAGAGAUGGUGAUAGGAAGGAAAAUCACAAAUCACGAACUCAAAGGUGCACGAGAUAAUAAUGAGAAAGCCGUAGUAGUAAGCUAUAUGCCUUACUCUGGCUGCGUUCGAGAAUUCGACAUUUUCAUAAUGCGUCCACAUGGCACUCAAAACCAACUGAUUCGAACAUCUGGCGUUGGGACAUUAAAUAAAGAAUUAACAUUUAGCCUCAUCCCCGCCACCGCAUACUUGAAAGAAGGCUUUGAUUAGGAUGUUUAAUUAUACAGAAUUACUUUUUCAUUUUACUUCACAUUGCCUUAGACUUCACAGAGACUGCAACGAGGCUUGCACUACAAAAGGAUUAGUCAUUCCUAAAGGAUUGCCAGUUAUGAUUCCAUGUUAUGCAAUCCAUCGUGAUCCAGAGAUAUGGCCGGAACCCGAAACAUUCAACCCAGAAAGGUAAGCCUUUCGUAAGAUGAUUCGUGCAUGAACUGACCGGCAGGCUAGAUGACUUGUACACGAAACUGGCCUGUGAACGAGUUGACUUCUGGGCGAGACGACCUUUUGAUGAAAUGACUUGUAGGUGACACUGACCUGUCACUGGCAGGUCAGUUUCACCAACAAGUACCGAACAAGUACCCUACCGGUUACCCCUCUUUGCGCAAGCCCAAACCUACUCUCAAACCGUAAUCCAAUUUGCUAAUAGUAAUAAUAAUAAUAAUAAUGCUUUAUUCUUGUCAGGUUCACAGAGGCGGAGAAAGCAAAGCGUCACCCCUAUGCAUUUCUACCCUUUGGGUUUGGUCCUCAUAACUGUGUUGGAAUGCGAUUUGCUUUGCUGGAAAUAAAACUGACCCUUGUUAGAUUACUGAAGAAGUACAAGCUAGAGCGUACCGAGAAAACAGCUGUGAGUGAAAAUCUUCUUUUCCUUUUUUCAGUUGUCUUCAUCUGGGGGUCUUCUGAUGCAUUUCUUCGAGUAUUGUCAGAAUGAUCAGCUUUCUACCAAUAUACUCUCAUCCAUCAUUUCACCACUGUGUUUUGCUUGGAUUUAACCUGUGUCCACGUGUUUAUAUGCACGAAAAAAGCUUAAACUCUACCCUUUUCAGCGUUUUGUCUAAGAGCAGCGCGAAUGUGCCCGACUAAAAACAAGAAUCAAAUGUUUUGGAAACAGGGUGAACUGAUAGUGAUCGACGAAAUAGAGCUGAAACGUAGCAUAACGUCUAUGAAAUAUUAAUUACUUGAUUGGUUUCUAUUGUGAACUGGGCAUCAACUGAUACUGUAGCUGAACAAUGUUCACUGAUAUAUUUUAGCAAAAAGAGAUGCGUGAAUCAAAAUCGAUUCAGCUCUUCAAUCUCCUAUGAGUUGUACAUCUUUGUACUUGUCAACGAAAUUUCCAAUGACUUUGAUUUUGCAGGUUCCAAUAAAGUUUGAAGUUAUGUUUACUCUGAUCUGCGCUCCUGACACAAUCAUGUUGAAGGCUUCACCAAGGGAUUAAACACAAUUAUAUUCUUGUCUUCUUCAACUUUGUAAAACGGUGAAAACGUUGUCUGGCUUUUAGAUAUGAGUCAUUUACCUGAGUAACAACCAAUCUAGAGUAUUAUAAGAAGUUGCUAGUAGUGUACUAUUAGUGAACUUUAUGAAAAACAUUUAUUACAAAUGAGACAAGUACAUAUUAAAUCUACCCUAUGCCCCCAAGGAAAAAAGGUGUAUACUAAAACAAUGUACUAAGAUCACAAAUAAAUCUAGUUGAACUCCACAUUAAAUGUGUUUAAAUACUACGACAGCUAUUUGAAAAAAUAUAUAUAUUGUUAUGGUUGAUCCCCUUUCAAUAACACUCUGGUAAAAGUACCCAUAGCUCGGAUGUCUAUCCAGUUGACCAAAGAUGAUCAGAUAAAGUGUAUACCGUCAUAGAGUGGCGUAUUCUGAUUGCGAUCACUUCUCUUCAUCGUUUAACUUAUACUUAAAUAAAAGCUCUUAGAAUCCUCAUCUGCCAUUGAGUCUGUCGGGUCUCUUUCUUAUCAAUGGUUGGAAAAUUGGCUCUAGCUACUAAUCACAUUUUAUUCGCGAUGAAAUGAGCUUGCUUCAUGUUUCAGGUGGAAUGUCUUAGACCAUGUUACAAAAAGUUUGCUUGAUAUCAUGAAUAAUUUAAUAAUACUACUAACUGAAUAAAGCUG